AUGUAUAUAGACCAUUGUCAACGUAUUUCAAGUUUGGAUGAGGUUGCCACAGCUGCUCUAGGAACAAUUACUAGGCCCCAGCGAUUCACCUCCUUUAUUAGUGACUCUUCUACUCAGCACAGCCUUUCUGCAUGUUCUAGCUUGGUUUCACCAUUGCCCUCAUUUGUUGCCAACACAAAUUUAGUAUCGACAACUUCCAUCGCCCUUUCUGCAACUGACAGCACCUCUGGAGGCUGUAGCAGUGGUGGUAGUGGUCUUUCCAGCUUCCAACGACAAAAAAGUACUGUUCGACAAGCUCGAUCUCCAACUACUCGACCUGGCCAAGAAAAUGCAUUCUACCUCAUUAUGCCUAGCACCCGGGCCAAUCCUGCAAAUCAUUACCCUUAUGAAGCACCACAUCCUAAACACUCACUUUGUUCGCUUUUUCCAACCUCCUCUGCUAAUUCUCAACCCUCACUAAGUCCCUCUGGCGCCUUUGGAUCGCGCUACUGUCGCAUUCGUGCUCAUCGUGGCAGAGUCAGUAUUAAUAGUGAUAGCACCUCUAAUACUGAUAGCUCUCGGUCGCCACGACCGAUACCUUCUAUCAGUCCCAAUCUUGGCUUUGAAUUUUAUCAUCCCUAUCAUCAUCUUUCACCUCAAAUUCAGAAGCCAUCACAAAGUGAAACAAUUCCAUUUGCAAUCAGCCACUUCAAUUCACUAUAUCCAGACAUUAGUUGUUAUGAUCAGGAAGGAAUUUUAGCCGUUUGUGCUGGUACGGCCGGGUCUGGAAGUAGCAAGAGUAGCUGUGUUUCUGAUAGCGUGGCGCUUGAUACGUAUCGAGGUCACAGGGGCUACUCGACUCGGAAUAUUUUACGAGCAGGCCAGUGCGUCAUUUUCAUCAGUCUCUUCGUGGCCAGACAUGUUUGA